AUGGAGAAAAUAUUCACCUCUUUGCUCUUGUUGCUUCACAAUGUUAUGGUUAGUUCAGCCAUGACCCAAACCAACACUACCACUGAUCAAUUAGCUCUUCUGUCCUUAAAAUCUCAAAUUAUUUCCGACCCCUCUCACUUUUUGGAUGAAAGUUGGUCUCCCGCUACUUCUGUUUCCCGUUGGGUGGGAGUCGCUGGUUCGCGCCACCAGCGAGUGAAGUCCUUGAAUCUUUCUAACAUGGCUCUUAUAGGAAGGAUUCCAAGUAAUUUUGGAAACCUCACAUUUCUUGUUUGUCUUGACUUGGGAAGCAAUAAUUUCCAUGGAAAUUUGCCUCAGGAAAUGACAUGCUUGCGUCGGCUUAAGUUUCUUGAUUUAAGUUUCAACAACUUCAGAGGGGAGGUUCCUUCUUGGUUUGGAUUUUUACAAAAACUUCAAGUUCUAAAUCUUAGGAAUAAUAGUUUCACCGGUUCCAUCCCUUCAUUUUCUAAUAUGUCCACACUUCAGACAUUGAAUUUGGCAUUCAAUUCUUUAGAAGGUCAUAUCCCUGUGUCUCUCUCGAAUGCCUCAAGGUUGGAGACGUUAGAAUUAUCUUAUAAUUCACUUCAAGCAAACAUUCCAGAAUGGAUCAGCAGCCUUCACAACAUGAACUUGUUGGGCAUAGAGUAUACUCAGCUAGUGGGUUCUAUACCAUUCACAAUUUUCAGUAUUUCUAGGAUCGAAGUCGUUGCAUUUACUGGCAAUAGCUUAUCAGGAAGUCUUCCCAAUGGUUUAUGCAAUGGUCUCCCAAUACUCAAAGGGCUUUAUUUAUCCAUAAACAAGCUUCGCGGUCAUAUGCCUACAAGCAUAUCAAAUUGUUCACAACUUCAAAUUUUGUCUUUAUCAAAAAAUGAGUUUGAUGGACCAAUACAUAGUGAAAUUGGAAGAUUGAGUAACUUGCAGAUAUUAGAACUCGGAGCUAACCAUUUCACUGGGAUAAUUCCACAAGAAAUUGGAAAUCUUGUUAAUUUGGCAAAGUUAGGCAUGGAGGAUAAUCAGAUUACUGGCUCUGUGCCGAUCUCCAUAUUCAAUAUCUCAUCGCUGCAAGUUUUGUCGCUGUGGCAGAACAAUCUUAGUGGACUCUUACCAGGGGAGAUUGGCAACUUAACCAACAUGUAG